CAGCUGUCAUGGUUGAUUAACGUCAUCGUGAUUUCAUUAACACAUGUUUUAUUUAAACAGUAAACAACUAAAUUAUAGAACUGCUGUUUUAGUUUAAUAAAAUGAAGGUUUUAAUAGUUUUAAUUGUGGUGACGAGUGUGAAAUUUUGUGUCUCAAUUCCUGUGUUAAACGAGGGCUUUUUGUCAGAAGAAAAAUAUAACAAUUAUGAAGAAUUGACGUCUUUGUUUCAUCAAUUAGCGGCUAAUUAUCCCAAUUUAACGAGACUACACAGCAUAGGAAAAAGUGUACAAAACAGGGAUCUUUGGGCAAUUGAAAUAAAUAAGGGGGCAGGAAAGAGAAACCUCUUAACUCCUAUGUUUAAAUAUGUUGCUAAUAUGCAUGGUGAUGAGGCUGUGGGGCGACAACUGAUGAUUUAUUUGGCCCAAUAUUUAUUAAUUAAUUAUGGCAAUGAUAAUAGAAUAACGAAAUUAGUUGACUCUACAGACAUUUUUUUAAUGCCCUCUAUGAAUCCUGAUGGUUUUGAAGCCUCUGAGGAAGGAAAGUGUGAAUCUAAAAGUGAUUUUUCUGGUCGACAAAAUGCCAAUAACAUUGACUUAAACAGGGACUUUCCAGAUCAGUUUGAUCCAGUUGUUAAAUCAGGGUCACUUAUAAAAGAUAAACAGCCUGAAACAGUGGCUUUGAUGUCCUGGAUUGUCUCCCAACCAUUUGUUUUGUCUGGUAAUUUACAUGGGGGUUCAGUUGUGGCCAGUUAUCCAUAUGAUGAUGCUGAUGGAAAUGUGACAUGUUGUGUAGAGAGCCUGACCCCAGACAAUAGCCUUUUUAAAUCAUUGGCUUCUGUCUAUGCAAAAGCGAACCCCCUCAUGCACAGUGGUACUGCAUGCCCUGAUGACACAUUUCAUGAUGGUACUACAAAUGGGGCCUACUGGUACGAUGUCCAUGGGGGAAUGCAGGACUUUAACUACCUUCAUUCAAACUGUUUUGAAAUAACGUUCGAAUUAAGUUGUUGUAAAUAUCCCUAUGCAAACACUUUAAGGGAUGAGUGGCAGAGAAAUAAAGAAUCAUUGCUUUCCUUUAUAGAAAGUAGUCAUUGGGGGGUUAAAGGGCUUGUUACGGACGAGGAUGGGACACCUAUUGUAAGAGCUGACGUUGUGGUGAAAGGUGUGGGGCAUAACGUCACUACUUCGAAUAAAGGAGAAUAUUGGAGGCUUUUGGUACCUGGAGAAUAUGAAAUUUAUGUGGUGGCUUAUGGUUUUCUACCCUCUGAAGUUGCUACGGUUAAGGUUGGACAGAACGGGGCAACCCUUCAGAAUUUUAAGCUAAAAAGGGAAGUUUCUCAAGCAGGGAAUUAUCAGAAUCUUAAAAACAUUUCAAGUCCAUUAACUGACGAGUAUGGAUUUGUAAUGAAGCCUGAAUUCAAGCAUCACAAUUACAAAGAGUUGGAAAAAUUUUUGCAAGAAAUGAAUGAAACUUACCCCAACAUUACGUUUUUGAAAAGUGUUGGUCAGUCAGUGCAAGGCAGAGAACUGUAUGUUAUGACUGUAAGCAGUACACCAUUUGAACAUGUGCCAGGAAAGCCGGAAUUUAAAUUUGUUGCCAAUAUGCAUGGUAACGAGGUCGUAGGUCGAGAAUUACUUCUUUUGCUUAUUAAGUACCUUUGCGAAAAUUAUGGGACGGAUCAACGAGUUACAAAGAUGUUGGAUACCACAAGGAUCCAUAUUAUGCCCAGUAUGAAUCCAGAUGGAUAUGAAAUGGCUCAUGAAGGUGAUCUUAGCAGCGGUGUAGGUCGAGCCAAUGCCCACGGCGUAGACUUGAACCGGAACUUUCCGGAUCGAUUGGGCGUGAACGAGUAUAAUCGGAUCACUGAACCGGAAACGAAAGCCGUGAUGAAGUGGAUUUUGUCGGAACCUUUUGUACUGUCUGCCAACUUGCACAACGGUGCCCUAGUUGCCAACUACCCGUUCGAUGAUGGCCGAUGGGGAAAAGCAAGUCCCUCCCCAGAUGACGCCGUCUUUCGAUAUCUUGCAAGCGUUUAUUCAAAUGCUCAUAGAACCAUGCACAAUGGUGUUGCGUGCCCUCAGUUCCCUAAGGAACAUUUUAAGGAGGGUAUAACUAAUGGGAAUGAGUGGUACACGGUCACAGGAGGGAUGCAAGACUGGAAUUACGUUUUUGCUGGUUGCAUGGAGAUCACAUUGGAGUUAGGCUGUGACAAAUUCCCUUAUGCGAGUACUUUGCCCCAAUAUUGGAUGGACAACAGGGAAGCCCUUUUGACAUACAUUGAACAGGUUCACAAGGGCGUUAAAGGGUUUGUGUCGAGUACGAUAGGGCACCCGAUACCCAAUGCAGAAAUAAGGGUUGAAGGAAUAGACUUCGUUGUUCGAAGUGCCAAAGAUGGAGACUAUUGGCGGAUCCUAUUGCCGGGAAAGUACAAUUUGACUGUCAGUGCGAAAGGGUUCGAAACGUUUACCCAGGAAAUCGUUAUACCCCCUUCAGGGUCUCUUCAUCUUAAAAUUUCGUUAAUGAGGGACGACCCUUUGCAUUGGGCGAGCGCGUAUGACUUUGGUAUUCAAGAAAAUCAGUACAACCCUCGUUAUCAUUUCAAUAACGAAAUUUACGCUGUCAUGGCCGACCUGGAGAACAAAUAUCCCUCCUCUGCAUCGUUUGAUGCUGGAGACAACUUUGUUUCUAUGUCAAUAAGGUCCUUGAAAAUCACAGACAAGAUAGAGACGUCGGACGAGACAAAGUACCGUUUAGCUAUAAUCGGCAACCUGUAUGCCACUCAGCCCCUGGGACGCGAAUUGUCCCUGAAUAUGGCCCGCCAUCUAUUGCAAGGGUACCAUUACCAAGAUCCCACGAUCGUCCAUAUCCUUGAGAAUUCGGUUAUUUAUGUCGUGCCCGUUAUCGAUAAGGAAUUCGAGAAGAUUUGGGGCGAAUACUUGAAAUUUGACGUUGGGGGCGUCGAACCGGAAACCGAAGUGUGUAACAAUAUCACGGCCGACUUCAGACAAGUCGGAGAUCAGAUACUGAAAAUGGGCAAUAGGGCCAACAAAAUUCAACAGACUGCGAACGCUUUUAAACAUUUGUUACUCGAAGAAAGGUUCGAUUUGGUGCUUAAUAUCGAAGGGGGUCGACUAGGUAUAACGUAUCCGACUAGUAACCAACCCCUAGAUUUAUUCAAAAAAUUUGCGGAGAAGUUUGUGAACGCAUUAAAGUCUAAAAAAGAUUGCAACAGAGUGGUGACGGGCACUGAUGCCGUUCUGACCGAUUUUAUUUACAACGAAUACGAUGUACCAGUUUUUACUGCAAAUGUCGACUGCUGCGAAUACCCUGCUGUAGAAAACAUCCCUUAUAUUUGGAGACGCACAGUGGAUCCGGUCAUGGCAUUUUUGGCGAACAUUCGAACAGGUAUUCAGGGCUAUGUACUGGAUAGAAGUCAAAAACCUAUGCACAAUGCUACCGUUAAAGUGGAGGGUUUACGAAAAAUGUUCGAGGUGACGAAGAAUUUGGCGCAUUUCAAGAUUAUGUUGCCACCGGGUCAGUACAGGGUCGAGGUCAGCUGCCACAAUUACCAAACAAGCCACAUUGACGUUUCCGUUAACGAAAACAGUCUUCUCUUUGUGAGGGUCGUUUUAAACGAGAUUUCAGAUUCAGCAGACAGGGACCAUGAUAAACAGCAAGGGCAAGAGCAUAGGAAACAGCAACAGGUGGUAGCCGAAGGUGAGAGCCAUGAACCACUAGAUAAAGGACUCGAAAGUACAGGAAUAAUUGGAUAUGUAAGAGAUUCACUAAAUCGUCCAAUAGCAAAAGCGGAAUUAACAAUUGUCGAAACGAAUACAACAGUUUAUACUGACGGCAACGGGAAAUAUUCGGUUACUUUACAACCGGGGAAGUACACAGUUAAAGUGCAAGCCUCAGGGUAUCUACCAAAUGUAAAAUAUACGGAGUUACCUCCGCUGGAACUAAAUUUACCCCCUAAAAUGUUAAUGAUCUCUAUGGAAAGGGACACCACAGUUGCUGGACUGCCUCGGCUCGCUUUCAUUAUAAUUGCAGGAAUGGCAGGGUUGUUUAUAAUGGGUGUUGUUUUUGUCUGUUACACCAUGUGCAAGAAUCGAAGAGAUAAGGAGUAUGGGCUGUUGUCUCAGGAGAUGUAUGAUGACUUUAGGGAUAUGGAUGAGACCAAGGAAACGGAUCUUUUCACCGCCCCUUUUAAAGAUGCUACUAAGUUUAUUACAAGACCAUAUUAUGAUAACGACGACGAUGAGACUGAAUCUGAUUCUGAAAGAUCUGAUGAAAUUGUCCUUAUGCAAAUGGAAAAGUAUCAGAAAGUGCCUUCGAAAUCUACGUAGUGUGGUUUAUUUAUUUUUAUCUCAAUUUUAUUUGUUUACCAAAUUCUUUUAAAGAAAUAAGAAAAAGUAUGAUAAUUGCAAUAAUUUUUGAAAUUUUAAUUUGGUUUGUUGCCAUAUAUUUUGUUGGUUUUGCACAUGUAUAUACAUAUUUAUUGUUAUUUUAGACCUCAAUUUUUUAUUGUUUGUAAACAUUUUGUUUUGUGCUAAGAUUAAUUUUAGUUUUUUAAGUUAUUGUUAACUAGAUUAAGUAACAGUAUUAAAAAGACCAUCAUUUCUAUAUUUAUACUCAUAGCUUAGGAAAUUUUAGUAAAAUGAAUAAAAUGG